AUGCAGAUGCAGAUUUGCCACUCUCUCGUCCUCGCCGUCGUCGCCCUUGGCGGUCUGGCUCAGGCUGCGCCUGCUGGCGGCAUCUACGCUGGUGCCGAUUGCGCCCCCGCAGUCUUGCCCGUCGCUUGCGAUGCUGGCGACAACAUCACCGCUUCCACCGUCGUUGACACCACUGGUUGCGCCUGCCCCGUCGGUGCCUGCGGCUGUCCUGCCCGCACCGACGUCGUCGAGCCCACCGUCACCCAGGUCGCUCCCGCCAUCGUCAACCAGUCUGAGGAUGUCCAGCCCGUCGACAUCAUCCAGCCUUACCAGGACGUCGUCCAGCCCGUCGUCGACACCCACAUCCGCCCCGUUCACUCCGAGGUCGUCAACUCUCCCAUCGUCCAGACCACCACCGAGCCUUGCUGCUCUGCUCCUGGGGCUUGCGGCUGCGGUACCGUCGCCGGUUACGGCACUUACGCCAAGCGUCAGUGCGGAUGUGCCGCUCCCAUCUGCGGAUGUGCCGCCCCCGUUGUUCAGGCCACCGCCUGCGACUGCCCUACCAGCCCCUGCGGCUGUCCUACCCGCGUCGAUGUCGUCGAGCCCACCGUCACCCAGGUCGCUCCCGCCAUCGUCAACCAGUCUGAGGAUGUCCAGCCCGUCGACAUCAUCCAGCCUUACCAGGACGUCGUCCAGCCCGUCGUCGACACCCACAUCCGCCCCGUUCACUCCGAGGUCGUCAACUCUCCCAUCGUCCAGACCACCACCGAGCCUUGCUGCUCUGCUCCUGGAGCUUGCGGCUGCGGUACCGUCGCUGGUCCCGUCGCCGGCUACGCCGCCGGAUACGGCACUUACGCCAAGCGGCAAUGCGGAUGCGGCGCUUCUAACUGCGCAUGCCCCGCCCCAGUCAAGGUCGUUGAGGUCGCCGCCCCUGUCGACCGUUGUGGCUGCAACGACGCCAUCUGCUCUUGCGAGCAGGUUGACCCGUGCCCCUGCCGGGAGACCGUCUGCACCUGCGAGGAGGUCGUUUCCUGCGAUGACCGCAUUGGCGGUGCCGACCGUUUCUCGUACGGAUCCUACGGUGGCGUUGGUGCCGACCGUCUCUCGUACGGAUCCUAUGGUGGCAUUGGUGCCGACCGUCUCUCGUACGGCUCCUACCCGACCGUUGUCGGCCCGACCACCGUCUCUACCUGCCCGUGCGACGAUGUCUGCACCUGCCAGGAGAUCGUCUCUUGCGGCUGCGUAGACGACUGCAGCUGCGACUCGGUGAUCGCGCCGGUCACCACCGUCGUCGCCGCGCCCGCCUGCGGCUGCGACGCCUACAAGGCCAAGCGCCAGUGCGACUGCGGCUGCCCCACCCGCGCCAACACCGUGCAGCCCACCGUCGUCGAGGUCGCCCAGCCCAUCGUCCACAACUCGCAGGACGUCCAGCCCGUGCAGGUCAUCCAGCCCUACCAGGAGGUCGUCCAGCCCAUUGUCGACGAGCACAUCCAGCCCGUCCACUCCGAGGUCGUCAACUCGCCCAUCGUCCAGACUACCUGCGAGCCCUGCGCUAACGCUGGCAACGGCAACGGUUACAACGGCGUCAACGCUGUCAACGGCAACGGCUUCAUCGCCGCUGACAACGGCUUCGUCGCCGCUGACAACAACGGCUACAACGGCGACAACAACGGCGAGGUCAUCGUCGACACCGACAUCCAGGCCGCCGGCGACUGCGUCUGCCGCAAGUAG